AGACUGUUGAGGUUGUAAAAAAUUAUUCUUACGUAUUUACAAGGUCUCCCUAUUUAUACUACUCCACUUUGCUGCGGGACCUAAUUGUAAUAUAUUUGCAGAAGAGUAAGUACAAAUCGGUGUGAAACAGUGACAUUUUGGAUUACAACUUUAUACGAAAAUUAACCAUGCUGGAAUUAAGCGGAAAGCAAAGACUUACAUCGAACACCGAUAUUUCGGCAACAAACAUUUUCUACUUCCUUUUAAUACCGGCGAUAAUUCUAUGGUACGUCUACUGGCGCCUUUCCAGGCGACAUAUGAUUAAAUUGGCCAGCAAAAUUCCCGGUCCCAAAGGUUACCCGGUAAUAGGCAACCUCUUGGACUUCGCCGGAUCAUCUUGCGACAUUUUCAAAGCUGUAUACGCCUAUUCAUUCAAAUUUGAUAUCGCUCGCACCUGGAUCGGACCCAAACUUCUAGUUUUCUUAACGGAUCCAAGGGACGUCGAAGUAAUUUUAAGCAGUCACGUUCACAUAGAUAAGGCGAGUGAAUAUCGAUUCUUCCGACCCUGGCUGGGAAAUGGCCUUUUGAUAAGCACAGGUUCCGUUUGGAAGAGUCACAGGAAGUUAAUCGCCCCGACUUUUCAUCUGAACGUCCUGAAGGGGUUCAUAGAUCUUUUCAAUGCGAACAGUAGGGCAACGGUGGAGAAGCUGCGUAAAGAGUACGGUAAGACCUUUGAUUGCCACGAUUACAUGUCGGAAGCUACCGUCGAAAUUCUGCUCGAGACCGCAAUGGGAGUCUCCAAAAAUACGCAGGAUCAAAGCGGAUACGAUUACGCAAUGGCCGUUAUGAAAAUGUGUGACAUUCUGCACCUAAGACACACGAAACUUUGGUUACGACCGGAUUGGUUAUUCAACUUAAGCAAAUACGGAAAAAUUCAAGAAACGUUACUAAACACCAUACAUAGCUUGACCAGGAAGGUGCUAAAAAGUAAAAAAGAAGCGUUUGUUAACGGCGUUCGCGGAUCCAUAGCUGAAGUACCUCAAGAAGCUAUCACCAGCGAGAGUGUCGAACCAGAAUCCAAGAAACCUGAACAGCAUCAGGAGGGGGGUGUAAUAUUUGGACAGUCUGUGGGUAUUAAGGAUGAUUUGGACGUCGAUGAUAAUGACGUGGGGGAAAAGAAGAGGAUGGCCUUUCUGGAUUUAAUGCUCGAAGCAUCGCGUAACGGAUUCAUAAUAACGGACGAGGAAAUAAAGCAGCAAGUUGACACAAUAAUGUUCGAAGGCCACGACACGACAGCUGCAGCAAGUAGCUUCUUCCUAUGCCUAAUGGGUACUCAUCCAGAGAUACAGGCACGAGUACAUAAAGAAAUGGACACGAUCUUUGGAAACUCCGAUCGGCCGGCGACCUUUGCGGAUACGUUGGAAAUGAAAUAUCUCGAAAGGUGUUUGCUUGAAGCACUCCGAUUAUACCCACCCGUGCCAAUUAUCGCUCGCAAACUUAAUCAAGACGUCAAAUUAGUUUCUGGUGAUUACACACUACCUGCCGGAUGUACACUUGUUAUCGGUACAUUUAAGGUACAUCGCCGUGCAGAUAUCUACCCAAAUCCGGACGUGUAUGAUCCCGAUAACUUCCUACCGGAACGUUCGGCUAAUAGGCAUUACUACUCAUUUAUUCCAUUUAGUGCAGGACCGCGUAGUUGCGUAGGACGUAAAUACGCGAUGCUAAAACUUAAGGUCCUGCUAUCGACAAUUAUGAGAAACUUUGUCGUUAAAUCAGAUAUACCAGAAUCUGAAUUCAAAUUGCAGGCAGACAUCAUUUUAAAAAGAGGAGAUGGGUUUAAAGUCAGACUGGAACCGAGAAAAACCAAACAGUGAUAGGAAAAUUAGGCACCGUUGGAGAUCAUCAGUGGAGUCAAGCACCGUAGAAUCAAAACUGUGUUGAUUGUAGUUGGUGCUAGUGUCAAUCAUGCUGUUUGUUGUGUAUUUUCUUGACCUAAUAGUUUUUUUUUUAUGUUGAAGGUAAAUCGUGUUUGGUACCAUUGUAUAAUAAUUACAUUGUAAAACGGAUGACCUGCAACGGGAGAUUUAUGGUUUUUACAUUAUGUCGUGUUGUUAUGAGGAUAAUAAACUAUUUAUUGGU